ACCGUGCACCACCCCCCAUCAGACUCCACCUUGUCCCCAUUUCUGUCAAUCUGCCCUAAGGCAAGAAAUUCGUUCGUUCAAAUCUGAUUUUGUUGCAGUCGAAGUGCUCGGUCGGCCGUCCGGCGUCUGUGUUAGUAGCGUCCGAUGGAGAAGAAGGGUGCGGGAGGACGAAGAGGCGGUGGUGGCCCCAAAAAGAAGCCGGUUUCCCGUUCCGUCAAAGCCGGUUUGCAGUUCCCGGUCGGGAGGAUAGGCCGAUACUUGAAGAAAGGAAGGUACUCGCAGCGUGUUGGGACAGGUGCUCCUGUUUACAUGGCUGCCGUGCUCGAAUACCUAGCUGCCGAGGUCUUGGAGUUGGCUGGAAAUGCGGCUCGUGAUAACAAGAAGAAUAGGAUAAUUCCAAGGCAUGUUCUACUGGCCGUUAGGAAUGAUGAGGAGCUUGGAAAAUUGCUUGCGGGUGUUACCAUUGCUCAUGGUGGUGUCCUUCCCAACAUCAAUCCUGUUCUCUUGCCUAAGAAGAGCGACAAGGCUCCCAAAGAGCCCAAGUCUCCCUCACUUGUAGGGCUUUCCUAUGACACCAAUGAAGCUGUUCUAAAGGAUGCUUUUGGACAACAUGGUGAGAUAAUUGAAGCUAAAGUUAUAUGUGAUCACGUGAGUGGGAGAUCGAAAGGGUAUGGGUUUGUGCGGUUCACUUCUGAAACUGCAGCCACCACAGCUCUAAAUGAAAUGGAUGGCCAGUCAUUAGAUGGCAGAAAUAUUCGAGUGCACUAUGCACACCGGGGAUAAAAGCAUAAAUUUCAGGUAAGCAGUUAGCAUCCCACCAUCUCAUGGUUGCAUCUCCAAGGCUCAAUCUGUUUCAACAGGAAAUGAUAAACCGGAUGCUAUUAAAGGUUGUGUUGAUAGAUUUUUCAGUGUUGUAUGCUGUUGAGUCCUCAGCAUGUUACACAAAGUCUUGACCAAGCUGUUUCCAAAAGGCAGUAUACUUUCAGGAAAAAAGGAUGAUUUUCUUUCAUUUCUUGAGGAUUGUAUGGUUGGGUCAAGUUCCCUGUUCCCCCUGUUUCCCGUACCUUUUCUAAUAAUUCCUAAAGAUUGCAUCGGCAACAAUUUUUGAAA